AUGCCUUUGAGGUUGCUCUCGGCGCAUUUUUUGGGCGUAUCUAGAAUGAUAAAAAGGAAUUGUGCUGGUUUUUUUGAUACUAAUCCAAAAUAAAGGAAUUUGA